UCAAAGAGAUCAUGAUCAUUCAUAGUUCACACCCACACUCAGUGAUAUAUCCUUCAAGAGCUUUUCUCUGUAUUCGUUUGGUGCAAUGGCUGUGCUACUUGGAAACAAACUAAUCUUCGUGGCAGUUUCAGUAGUGGGGCUUUGGGCUUCCCUAGGCUGGUCUCGUUCAUUCUUUGAAGCUUCCAUGGAGGAGAGACAUGAAAUGUGGAUGGCUCAAUAUGACCGUGCAUAUGCAGACAACACAGAGAAGGAGAAGCGCUUCAAGGUAUUCAAGGAGAAUGUGGAGCUCAUUGAAUCUUUCAAUAAAGCUGGGAAUAAGCCUUACAAGCUAGGGAUCAGUGAAUUUACAGACCUUACUAACGAGGAAUUUCGUGCGUCGCGUAAUGGAUAUAAGAGGCCAUCUCCUCAUAGGAGUUCAUCCAAGUCAUUCAGGUAUGAAAAUGUCACUGGAGUUGCAUCGAGCCUGGAUUGGAGAACCAAAGGUGCUGUUACCCCCAUCAAAGACCAGGGUCAAUGUGGAUGUUGUUGGGCUUUUUCUGCAGUGGCAGCAAUGGAGGGGAUCACAAAAAUCUCAACUGGGAAAUUGAUCUCUCUUUCAGAACAAGAAUUGGUUGAUUGCGACACGAACGGAAUGGACCAAGGUUGUGAGGGUGGCCUUAUGGAUGAUGCCUUUGAAUUUAUUAUCCAAAACAAUGGCCUUACCACUGAAGCAAACUACCCCUACAAGGGAGUUGAUGGAACUUGCAACUCCCAGAAAGAAGCAGAUCAUGCGGCCAAGAUCACUGGUUAUGAGGAUGUGCCUGCCAACAAUGAGGAUGCACUAUUAAAGGCAGUGGCAAACCAACCAGUCUCAGUCGCCAUUGAUGCUGGUGAAUCUGCAUUCCAGCAUUACUCAAGUGGGGUAUUCACAGGAGAUUGUGGAACUGAAUUAGAUCAUGGAGUUACUGUGGUGGGAUACGGGACGAGUAAUGAUGGAACCAAGUAUUGGCUAGUGAAGAACUCAUGGGGAACUAGCUGGGGUGAGAAUGGAUACAUAAGAAUGGAAAGAGAUGUCAAUGCUAAGGAAGGCCUUUGUGGAAUUGCUAUGGAGCCUUCCUAUCCAACUGCAUAAAUAAUGGCUGAAUCUUCUUUGUAGUUGCAAUUUAUGGAUCUACGUAUGAUGGCUAUUGAUUCGGAAAUUAUGAAAAGGUUUAUGGUUACUUCUUUGUAAUUACGAUUCAAGGAACCGAACAGUAACAUCAAAAUGAAAAAACUUAAAAUUAUUGGAUAUAAAUUUUUCAGAAUCUCAAAACUGGA